AUGGCUGACGCGAACGAACCUGUGACGCGUUCAAACGAAGAUAAUUCGUCUCCCGAUGUGGUAAUACCUGCGGAUACUCAUGAAACAGUAGAAACAGCACCUAUCCAAGAUCCGCCAUCUGGUGCUUCUAGCGAUAAUCCUACAACCGUGGAGAAUCCCACUCCGCAACCGGAUUCCUCGGUACCUCCUGCAGACAUUCUUCAACCUUUACCUCCACAGUUGCCCCGUUGGAUGAACCCAACUCCAAAAUUGCAUGUCCCUGAACGAAGUGAUUAUUCUCAUCUAGAAUUUAAUUGGAAAGUGAAUCCUGCUUCAUAUUUAACACCAAUGGAUAAUACUUUUGUUGAUUAUAAUAUUUUGUUGGAUGGGCAUUCCCAUACUACAUUUUCUGAUGGCCGGAUGAAACCGGAACAAUUGUUACAAUGGGCAAUAGCAAAUGGGUACAAUGCUAUUGUGGUAAGUGACCACAAUACCAUUGAAGGAGCUCUAGAAGCUCAAAAAAUUGCAAAUGAAAAAUACAACAAUCAGAUUACCGUAAUUCCAGGAAUGGAAUAUAGGAUACAUAUGCAAUUCAUUGGUAUUCAGUCCAAUCCUUUUGGACCUUUUAAUAAACCCUAUCCUACGAACGAAGAGUUGAAAAAUAUGAUUGAUCAGGUUCAUGAAAUGGGUGGUUUAGUAACCGUAAAUCAUAUUCCCUGGAGUAACAAAACAGAAUGGAGAUACCAUGAUCCCACAUUACCGAAUCAUCCUACAAGGGAUGAACUUUAUGAAAUGGGUGUUGAUGGAUUUGAGAUCAUUAACGGAAACGUCUUCGAUUUCGAAACAUAUGUGUUCGCUAAAAAACAUCAAUCUCUUGCAAUUUCCGGUUCAGAUGUUCAUCAUCCAUCUGAGGGUGCAUACGCGUGGACUUUGUUGAAGGCGGCCAAUAGAACUGUUGAAGGUAUAAUGUCAGCACUAAAAGGGAAGGCUACAUCGUUUUUAUUCGAUGCUACAGGAACAAGGCCACGUUACUACCCCGCUGAUAAUAAGGAAUACUUGGCUCUAUUGCCAAUAACUGCAUUAGCAAAUGUAUUUGCUUCAUUUUAUGAUGAUUAUAGAGGAAUGUAUUCCUUCCAAGUGAUGAGAAAAGUUGUGAAAUUUAUGUACGCAAGAUACAAAAAGUUUAGAAAUGAUAGAAGGGGUCAUUGGCGCAGACUCGACGCAGAUGAACAAAAUCCGUAUAAUAGAGAAUAUUAUACAGAUAUGGAUGUUAUAGACAUGGAACCCUAA